UAUUUCUUUUAUUCAAAGCUUUUGCUCUACAUUUUUUAUUCGUGCUACACGAGAAAUGCAUACUAACACGAGGAGGUAGUAAUCCCUCCAUCACGCGAACACUAGCAUAACGGCACGAGUUUAGCGCACGCAAUGUGCCGUGAUUAGACGCGAUCACGAUACACGCGCCUACCGGGUCGGAACCUGUAAAGCCAUAGGACAAUAAGCCCAACCAAUUAGCGCGGCCUGAUAAAUAGAGGGCUCAACCGAACUAACACAACAAAUCAGCUAAAGCUAAAGAAUUUAAAGACUUCAGUUACACAGCAAAGUAUGAUCGGCGCGAUCGUUUUUCUCACGAUUGGUGUAGUCUAUAAUCUAUUCCUCUUGUUUUACUCCAUUGUUAAGCACUUCUUUAAAAUCGGGAGCUUCAAGAUUCUCUACACGAGUCAAGGGCUGUUGAAUGUGGGAGUCUUGGUGUCUCAGGCGGCUCUGGUUGUCGUCAAUGGCCGAGGUGGGUUGUGUAUCGGCGUAUUUCUCGUCUUCACGAUGCUGCGAUUUUGGUUUGUCGCUCUGACUGAGUUCAAUUUCGUCAUUCUUGUUGGUAUGAAGAUUCAAAGCUAUCUAGAGGUUAAACUUUUCUUUAAAAGUUCAAAAGUUCAAAAAGACCAAGCAUUGGAAAUUAAAGACCAAGCAUCGCCUGAAAUGUUUGAGGAAUUCGAGGCCCCAAGUAAGACGGAUUUUCGCGGCGUCCUCUUCGCUCCUUUCGUGUGUACGGUGACAGUCGCGUCCAUUUGCAUGUUUGCGGCUAAUCACGAAACUCGUCACGAGCUCACUCAAGGGUUUAGCCAAACAAUGCUAGAGUCCCUUACUUAUAUCGUUGCUAUGGUGAUAUCGCUAGCUACAUGUUCACCAUUAUUGGUUCAGAUCAUGAUGCCUAAAGAAAUCGCAAAGAGCCGUGCGCAUGAGACAAUGGUCUGAGGAUCUUUCGCUGGCAUAUCCCACAAGAAGAUAACACGGACUGUAACGGACCGAGAAAAAGUCACGCAAGAUGCACGUGAAAGAGAAUAGUUCGAAAAUCCCGCGUGAUGUUAUCCAGGAACACGCGUGAUGUUGUCCAGGAACACGCAGGUUUGAAUUCGCGUAGUGCACUGGUGAGGGCGCACCACCUUACCCCACUAGUCAGAUCAUAGAUCGGGGGCCGGUUCCUGAGAGGCCGAUAAACUUAACCCUAGAUCAGCGCAUAAUCCCGGGUUAAAAUUCGAUAACCGUAGGUUAGCUAACCGACGGAUAACUCACCGUUCCCGAAAGCCAAGUGAUCCCCCGCGAUUUACUAACCCUGGAUCAAGCGAGUGAAAAACUGGUUUGACGAGUAAAAUUCACACAGGAUACCCACAGUAGAUCAACAGAGAGCAACUCAAAUAUUUACCUUUGGUGAUUUAAUUUUUGCAGAAAAGCCCCAAAACACCUCUACAUCGCCUGUAAUUACCUCCAUUCCAUUGCCAAAAAAUGUCAUUUGCAGGAUUCGAGUUUGGUGCGUGACACUAGAGAGACAGAUUUAUUUCAAUUAUAAAUUUCAUGUAACUUUCUGUCUUCUGUCACAAUUUUCGUGUCAGCAUCGCAACGAAGGUCUCAUAACAAAGCGAAAUGUUAGGACAUUUGAUCCCUACAUUGGUUUUGUGUAACGUCUUUUUUAUCGGCAACUUCAUUUUAUGAAUCUUUAGUUCUACUACAAAGUUUGGGAAGCCUGUGCUACGCCAACUAAACCGUAGGUUAGCGAGUUAACCCACCUCGCGAGCAGUGUUAGAUUUUACCUCCAACCUAACCCAGAGUUAAUUCUAAUUAGCAUCUAACUAAUCCGGGGGUAAAAAUUUUAUCGUGGGUUAGGGCAAAAUUAACCCCGUGUUAGCGCUAAUCGGCUUUUCAGGAACCGGCCCCCGUACUAUAGGUCAUAUAUAUGAAACAAUUAGGAGAAAAAGAAGCGAUGGCGCUACUUUCCACACAAUUGUUCGAUAAAAAAUGAUUUCAGCAGCA